AUGCAGAAUACUUACUUGGUCAUCGCACUCGCGCCGCUUUUUGGUGCCGUUGUCGCGGGCAUGUUUGGCCGGCAGGUGGGUCGUGUCGGUGCGCAUUGGAUUACGAUUUUGGCUGUUGCCAUUUCUUGUGUGCUAUCUCUCCGCGUCUUGUGGGGGUUUAUCGAUGGCAACGGUCGGGUCUUCAAUCAGACCAUCUACCAAUGGAUGACUUCUGGCGGCUUUGCGUUUGAAAUUGGGUUUUUGGUAGACGAACUGACUGCGGUGAUGAUGUCGGUGGUCACGUUCGUCUCACUGAUGGUGCAUAUUUACACCAUCGGAUAUAUGGACCACGAUGAAGAGAACUGGCCUGAAGAGUCAUUGGUACGGACCAAUAGUUACCAACGGUUCUUUGCCUAUAUCAGUUUGUUUACGUUCGCGAUGCUGAUGCUGGUGAUGUCUAACAACUUUCUUCAGUUGUUCUUCGGCUGGGAAGCGGUCGGCCUGGUGUCUUACUUGUUGAUCGGUUUCUGGUCGACCCGUCCGAGCGCAAUCGUUGCGAACCUAAAGGCAUUUUUGGUCAACAGGGUGGGUGAUUUCGGUUUCUUGCUGGGGAUUGCUGCGGUGCUGUUCUACUUUGGCACGCUCCAGUAUGAAGAUGUGUUUGCUGUGGCUGGUCAAUACCAGAACGAAACAAUGAACAUUGUCGGUGAUGCACAAUGGAACGUGCUCACGGUAAUUUGCAUCUUGUUAUUUAUCGGGGCGAUGGGUAAGUCAGCGCAGGCUCCGCUGCACGUGUGGCUACCGGACUCAAUGGAAGGCCCAACGCCGAUCUCAGCAUUGAUUCAUGCUGCGACCAUGGUGACCGCCGGCAUCUUUAUGGUGGCGCGGAUGUCACCCUUGUUUGAAUUGUCGGAAACAGCGUUGUCUUUUGUGUUAGUGAUUGGUGCGACGACCGCGUUUUUCAUGGGCUUGAUCGGCAUCGUACAGAACGACAUCAAACGAGUUGUGGCCUACUCGACGCUUUCUCAGUUGGGUUACAUGACGGCAGCGCUCGGUGCUUCGGCGUAUUCAGCGGCGAUCUUUCAUUUGAUGACGCACGCCUUUUUUAAAGCGCUGUUAUUCCUUGCUGCGGGCUCGGUGAUUAUCGCGAUGCAUCAUAAGCAAGACAUGCGCGAGAUGGGCGGCUUGAGAAAGUACAUGCCAAUCACUUUCAUCUGCACGGUGUUGGGUUCACUGGCUCUGAUGGGGUUUCCAGGGUUCUCCGGGUUCUAUUCCAAAGAUGCGAUACUGAUCGCUGUGGACGGAGCCCAUCGUCCUGGCGCCUCGUACGCUUACUGGAUGUUGUUCUUUGGCUGCGUGUUCGUUACGGCGCUAUAUAGUUUUCGCCUGCUCUACCUUGCCUUCUUAGCGAGCCGAGGAUGGAUGAACACACCCGAUCCCAUUUGUGAGUCGCCCUGGGUAGUCACUUUGCCACUGGUCCUGUUGGCACUACCGUCGAUUGGCAUCGCCUGGUGGGCUACCGAGCCGAUGUUGUUUGGUGAUUUCUUUGGCAGUUCGAUCUUCAAUGCUCCGGGUUCUGAUCCGCUGGCGCAUAUGCGGCAGGAAUGGCAUGGCCACUAG